GAAGAAGGGGAUUUUAUUUGUUGCGAUUGACGAAAACAGACCUCUUUCAGAUCAAGGUCCUUUUAAUAUUGUUCUCCACAAGUUAUCAGGAAAAAAGUGGCGCCAAAUACUUGAGUGCUGCCAGUUCGAGUGGAUGGUCUAGUACGAUCUAACAUUGACUGGUAAAUGGAGAGAUCCUUUAGAGUUAAAGUUAUUUUUCCCUGAUGUAAUUUGCAGAGUGCAUGUUCUUUCUUUGUUAAAUGAUGAUCUUAUGAUUAAAAGGAUAAAGUGUUAAAUAUUAUGGCACUUGAGGUUUUUUCCUUUGAUGACAAGCUUAUCUAGCUCUUGCUUGGUGAUUUAUUUAGCCGUUAUUG